UUAUAAACCAAAAGAUAACAAAGUAUAAAACUGUGUCACUGUCUUCACUUUACAAAGGAAACCCUUUCUGAAUAAUUUGCCAUGUCUCUGAAAAUGUUUCAAAUUUUGGUGUCUGCUCUGCUGUUUACAGGUGUCCUUGGAGCACCUUUUCUGACAGAAGAAUCAGCAAAUCAAUUCAUUCGACUUAAACGACACAUACCAUAUUCUCAGAGCUCCUGGGACCCAAGCAGCAGCCAGAAUUCAUGGGCAUACACUGUGGCUGAACAGAUUAGUGAAUCAUGGGCAGCUUUGAGGGACACAGCGCAGUACUACAUGGACUUGAACCCUCUUGCCUUCAAUCCUUCGAUAUCCAAGUACGAUGGGGUUUCUCAACAGAGCAUUUCAUAGGCUUGGAGUGUAUGUAUGUACCUAAUGACAACAUCCCAUCUUAUGUGGACCUGCUACAAUAGUCUGGGAUUCACCUCCACCAACAGACAAGGACAAGCUAUUAAAUCCUACGUCUUGUAUUUGGCCAUGUUAGGAUAUGGCAUGUUAUGUAUUUGCCGUUAUGUAUUUGAUAAGAUGACUUUAUCUCACCCAACUGUCUAAACCCAAAAUUAAUACACUAAUUCUCUGCAUAAAUGUUACAUAUUUUAUAUUCAUAAAUAGAACUAAGAUCUAACUCGUGGUAAAUUGAAUAAGAAGUUUAACAAAAACAAUAAUGAACUUUUAGCAGAUUGAGUUUAAAAAAAUACAGUGUUUUCAGGUAAAACAUUUUUUUUGACUAAACAGUUGUUCUGAAAUGUACAUUCCUGCUUCUGUGACUGAAAACCACAUAUUUAUUUCUCAGUAUUUCCUUUAGCUACAUUUCUGAGAGGCAAGUAAGAAAUGAAAAUCAGUCAUUUUGGGUGGGUAAGAGAUGUAGAGCACGUGUGCUUCAUGUACAGUUCUGUACUUCAGGUGCAUUUCUGUUUUUUCAAGUACUGGGGUCAAAUUAAUAGUAGGAAGUGUAGUAUACAUCCAUUCAUGUCCAUGCUCUGCUUUCCUUAUUUAAACUUCUGUACUUGGUCUUGAAUUCCCAAACCAGCUGAAUCCACAGCUACUACUGUGAGCUGGUUUUUUUCUUACUCCUUGCAGUUAGGAAUUCAUGGAAACAUUCACUACUCCUUUUCUA